UAUAUUAGUGAUUGAAACCAUCAUUUUCUCUAAAUAUUUGCGACUAAGCUAAGCACCGGAACUGUAGGCGUUUUGAGAUUUCUGUAGUCUUUCUAUCAGGCUCCGAGACAUAGCCUAGCCCUUCUUGCUAGCCCUCUGUCUAACUUUAGCCUCGAGCCUAGCCUAGGCUAGCUGUGAGGCAAACGGUACGGUAGCCGAGAGCUAGAAGCCUGGGUCGUGCAAGUGUAGCACUAUACCGACGAACGAGGGAGCUGGUUCUGUGGAAAGUCUAUGAUAAUUCAGGCCAACCAAUCCAAGAUGUUCUUGUUUAUUUUGACGAUAUGUGCUGUCAAUACAGUAAACGUUUGUAGUCAAGGAAAAUUUGCUAAAAAAAUGCAAACCCUUAUUUUGCUACAUUUCGUACCAGACUAUUGGCCCAAUAUCGUAUUAAUGUUUGCUGAUGAUCUUGGAUAUGGUGAUUUACCAGCGUAUGGGCACCCAACAUCCUACGCACCAAAUUUGGACCGUCUUGCAAACCAAGGCCUACUCUUCACCCAGUUUUAUGUUGCCAAUCCAGUGUGUACGCCCUCAAGGGCAUCAUUAAUGACUGGUCGUCAUGUUCCCAGAACUGGUGUUUAUCCAGGUGUCUUCUACCCAUCAUCCACCGGUGGUCUUCCACUAAAUGAAACAACUAUUGCCGAAGUACUGAAGACAGUGGGAUACAACACCGGUCUCGUCGGCAAGUGGCAUCUUGGUGUGGGAAAGCAGGGCAUGUACUUACCGACCAAACAAGGAUUCGAUGAGUAUUAUGGGAUACCAUACACACAUGAUAUGUGUCCUUGUGUCACAUGUUUCUAUCCGAAAGAUCCUUGCUAUUAUUCAUGUGACACACAAUUUGUAUCAUGUCCGUUGUUUAAGGACGACACUCUCAUUGAACAGCCAACAGAUUUUGUUACCUUAUCUGAACGAUACACAUCACAGGCUCGAAAUUUCAUAUCAAAGUCAGUUCAUGAGGCUAAACCAUUUUUCCUGUACUUUGCAUUCCAUCAUACCCAUAAUCCUCAGUUUGCUAGCAAGAAAUUUCGAAACACAACAAUCAGAGGUGCUUUUGGAGACUCUUUAGCUGAAUUGGACUGGAGUGUAGGGGAAGUGAUGCAACAACUUAGAGAAAGUGGCAUUGAGAACAACACCUUUGUUUUCUUUACCUCAGACAAUGGACCUUGCUUAGUGCAUUUACUGAAUGGAGGUAGUGCAGGGCCGUUAAAGUGCGGUAAAGGGACAACAUAUGAAGGAGGUCAACGAGUCCCUGCUAUAGCAUACUGGCCCAGUAGGAUUCAAGUAGGAAGGACGUCCCACCUUGCCACCACUCUGGACUUGCUGCCCACCAUUGCAAGUAUUGUGGGCGCUCCGUUACCAAAUGUAACCAUCGAUGGGGUUGAUAUAUCCUCUAUAAUCUUCAAAGGAGAGAAGAGCAAUAGAAACACAUUCUUUUACUAUGCAACAUAUUGCAAACCAGAAAUUGGCGUUUAUGCUGUUCGUUAUGAACAAUUCAAGGCCCACUAUUACACUGCAGGGGAGAGCAACUCAGGAAGGAAUAACCAUGACUUAGAUUGCAGACCAAGCGCAAAGGAAACAGUGCAUUCGCCUCCACUUCUCUACAACUUGAAUGAGGAUCUAUCUGAGCAGUACGAUUUGAGUAAAGAUCCUAAAUACGCAUCAAUCUUAUCAAAAAUUUAUGAAAUCAAAGUUAAAUUUGAGGCAAACAUGAUAUGGAGAGAAAGUGAAAUUAAAAAUAAGAAAGAUCCCAGUGUAGAGCCAUGUUGUAAUGCAGGGUGUACCCCCUUCCCUGAAUGCUGUAGCUGCACGUAAGCAGCAAAGAAAGCAUGAAUCACUAAGAGCGAACCAAUGACCUUUAGGUUAUAGUUAUACCCUCUGUCAACUUAGACUCACCACCCUUGUUGGCAAUGGUGGUUUUGCAGAGUAAUUUUUUUUUGCUCGAAUUGAUGCAUUGAACCUCAUUAUAGCUUCUGAGAAAUAUCAGGAAUAGCAAAGAGUUCUAUUAAUUUGGCCCAAUAACUAACAUACGAAAAUAGAGAAAAUUGCUACAAAAAUGUAUUGAACCCAUAAUAGCCUACUGUGUAUAGAUUUUUAUAUUUAUAGUUGUCUUGUAAUUUUAUCUGUGUGUAUAUUUUUUGUAUUCCUCGCUCUGGAAAGCAAAUUUCAUUUACUUUGCUUGUACAGUAUGUGACAAUAAAUGGAAUCUUGUAUAUUGAAUCUUGAAUCUUGUGUAUUGACCAACAUCCAGGAUAAUGAGUGUACCCACAUAACACACUUUUGGGUAAAUUGUGCUGGACAACCUGAGUUUGUAAAUUAUUGUGAAACCCCAAAAAGUGAGCUAUUAAUCUUUAUCGUGGAAAACAAUGUAAAUAAUGUGCCAUGCCAAGGCUUACCUGCCUAAUAAAGGGCUUCGGGAAUUUCUUUGUAGCAUAAAACUGUAAGUCAUUUCUAGUAAGGUUUUUUCCAUGGGUAUAGUGAAAACUAAUAAACAAUUCAGAAAUAAUAAGUAAGAACCCAUUAAUACUUUUAUUUUCAUAUUUACAGUACAUUUUUAUCAAGAGAUAUACAUUAUAUUACAAAAAAAAUCCCAUCAAUUUUUUGGUUUAAAGUAAAAACUAAGACUAAAACUCUGCUCAAAUUGCAUUGUAAACGUAGCAUCUAAUGUUUACACAGUUCUUUGAAUUAUCCCAUUUUGUCUAUAUUCUAUUUAUAUCUAUUCUAAGACAUGUAUAUUUUUUUAUCUGAAAGUCAUUGUAACACUGAAAAUGUAUGUUUCCUUUACAUUAAAGGAUGCCAAUUGGACAUUAAACCGUGUUCAAGCAUCUUUAAAAUGGAUUUUAAUGUUUUAAAUUUUGAUACUGUAUAAAUAAUGAUAGAUAAUAUUAUAUCAUUCUAUUUUUAGUGUUAUUUUAACAUUUUUUAGAUUAAAAUAUAAUUUGAUACGGGGGACUAAUUGCUAUUUUUAUACGUCAAUAAUGAGUUUGUCAAGCCUAAUUACAUUACAGUACUUUCAAGUAGACACGCCUUCAGCGUCAUCCAAUCAGAUGGCUAAACUGAUCAAGCCUAAUUACAUACGGUGCUUUCUUGUAGAGACAUGCCUUCAGUGUCCUCCAAUCAGAUGGCUUUGUUGAAAUACAGUACUUGACAAAAUGAAAAUGUCAACAUUGACACGAAA